UCCGGGAAGAAGGCGGCGGCGGCGGCGGCGGCGGCGAAAGGCGGGGGCGCCGUGGGGGCCGGGCCCGUGUUUACACAGCGGCGGGCGGGCGCGGACGCGGAACCCGGCACGGCGGCGGCGGCGGCGGCAGGAUGGUCAUGGCGCAUUUCGUCGAGAAUUUCUGGGGGGAAAAAAAUAGUGGCUUUGAUGUCCUUUACCACAAUAUGAAACAUGGACAGAUAUCAACAAAAGAACUAGCAGAUUUUGUAAGAGAAAGAGCUACAAUAGAAGAGGCGUACUCCAGGUCAAUGACGAAGCUGGCAAAAUCUGCAAGCAAUUGUUCACAGCUUGGAACAUUUGCACCAGUGUGGGAUGUGUUCAAAACAUCUACGGAGAAAUUGGCAAAUUGUCACUUAGAUCUUGUUAGAAAAUUACAAGAAUUAAUAAAGGAAGUUCAGAAGUAUGGUGAAGAACAAGUAAAAUCACAUAAAAAGACUAAAGAAGAAGUUGCAGGAACUCUGGAAGCUGUUCAAACCAUUCAGAGCAUAACUCAGGCCCUCCAGAAAUCCAAAGAAAAUUACAAUGCCAAGUGUGUCGAGCAAGAACGUUUGAAAAAGGAAGGAGCUACACAAAGGGAAAUAGAAAAGGCAGCUGUUAAAUCGAAGAAAGCGACAGAUACCUAUAAAGUUUAUGUGGAAAAAUAUGCAUUAGCAAAAGCUGAUUUUGAACAGAAAAUGACAGAAACAGCUCAGAAAUUUCAAGAUAUUGAAGAAACUCAUCUCAUUCACAUAAAGGAAAUUAUAGGAUCCUUGUCUAAUGCCAUAAAGGAAAUUCAUUUGCAAAUAGGCCAGGUCCAUGAAGAAUUUAUAAAUAACAUGGCUAACACUACAGUUGAAAGCUUGAUUCAGAAACUUGCGGAGUCAAAAGGCACGGGGAAGGAAAGACCUGGCCUUAUUGAAUUUGAAGAAUGUGACCCUACUAGUGCAGUUGAAGGUGUAAAACCAAGGAAAAGAAAGACUUUCGGUUUACCAGGAAUAAUUAAAAAGGAAAAGGAUGCAGAGUCAGUGGAAAGCCCGGAUGCAGAUUCACUGAACAUUCCUGAUGUCGAUGAAGAAGGGUAUAGCAUAAAACCAGAAGCAGAUCAGAAUGAUACCAAAGAGAACCAUUUCUACUCAUCUAGUGAUUCUGAUUCUGAAGAUGAAGAGCCAAAGAAAUACCGGAUAGAAAUCAAACCCAUGCAUCCAAAUAACUCCCAAGCUACCUUGGAUGAAUUAAAAGAAUCUAUAGGGAAUAUAUCACUCCCCCCAGCAAUAACUGUGCAGAUGAAUCGGAAUUCAUCUAGUGAAGAGUUAACAAAAUCAAGACAUUCUGCUAUACCUAAUGAGAAAGGGACCAGUGAUCUACUUGCUUGGGACCCCCUGUUUGGACCAUCUCUUGACUCAUCUUCAGCUUCAUCUUCAGCCCGGCCCACAACUCCUCUUUCUCUAGGUACCAUUGUCCCACCUCCAAGGCCCACUUCCAGACCAAAGCUCACUUCAAGCAAACUCAUGGGGAUUAAUGAAAUACCCAGGCCAUUCAGUCCACCUGUAACCACCAAUACUAGCCCGCCUCCUACUGCUCCUCUAGCACGGGCUGAAAGUUCUUCCUCUAUCUCAUCUGCUGCUUCAUUAAGUGCUGCCAAUACUCCAACAAUAGGUGUAUCACGAGGUCCCAGCCCUGUCAGCCUUGGAAAUCAAGACACCUUGCCUGUGGCCGUUGCCCUCACAGAGUCCGUCAAUGCCUACUUUAAAGGAGCGGAUCCCACCAAGUGUAUUGUGAAGAUCACUGGUGAUAUGACAAUAUCGUUUCCAAGUGGAAUUAUUAAAGUUUUUACUAGCAAUCCAUCACCAGCUGUCCUAUGUUUCCGAGUGAAAAAUAUCAGCAGAUUAGAGCAAAUUCUUCCAAAUGCACAACUUGUGUUCAGUGACCCUUCCCAGUGUGAUGCUAACACGAGAGACUAUUGGAUGAACAUGCAAGCUGUGACGGUCUACCUCAAGAAGCUCUCAGAGCAGAACCCAGCUGCUUCAUACUAUAACGUCGAUGUACUCAAGUAUCAGGUAUCAUCAAAUGGUAUUCAGUCCACUCCUCUGAAUCUUGCGACAUACUGGAAGUGUGCUGCUGGCACCACCGACCUCAGGGUGGAUUAUAAGUACAACCCGGAGUCGAUGGCUGUGCCGGGCGUGCUUUCUAACAUACAGGUGGUGGUGCCGGUGGGCGGAGGCGUCACAGGCAUGCAGUCCCUUCCUCCUGCAGUCUGGAAUGCAGAGCAGAUGAAAGCCCUUUGGAAGCUGUCUGGUAUUUCUGAAAAAUCAGAAAAUGGAGGUUCUGGAUCCCUCAGGGCAAAAUUUGACCUUUCCGAAGGGCCCGGCAAGCCCGCCACCCUGGCCGUGCAGUUUCUCAGUGAGGGAAACACCCUCUCUGGGGUGGACAUCGAGCUCGUGGGCACCGGCUACCGACUGUCCUUGGUGAAGAAGCGGUUUGCCACUGGACGCUACCUGGCUGACUGCUGAUGGACCCAGAAAGUGGCUGGCUCCAGGGAGGAGGACAGCUCUGCCGCUCUGCAUCACCUGUUCUUUUCAAACACUAUUCUAACCUGCAUUGUGUCUCUGAAACGUAGACAUAUUUGAAAGCUGACUACAAACAUGAAAUUGCACUUUUGAAGUGAGUCAUUGACAGAAAUAGCACUGAGGUGAUUUUUCAAUGCUGUAAAUGAUCAACUGCGAUAAUUCAGGAAGCACAUUCAUUCAGAUUCUCAGUAAAAUGGAGCUUGCAUAGGCUGAAUUUUCAAAUUACCUUCAGUGUGUCUGUUUAAAAAGGUUAUAAUGUAAUAUCAGGCCUAAAAUUUCAGGAGAGCAAGCACAAAAUAAUUUAGCUUUCCAUAAAUUUUUAGAGUCAGAUCACUUUGAAAUUACUAAGUUUGAUUUGAAUGGAUACAAAGAGAAUGUGAAUUCCAAGUUUUGGAUGAUGUUAAUUUUAGAAUACUCAAUCAAAUUGAGUUAUGUGCCAUAAAAUUAAUCAGACCAGAGUUUCAGUUGUAUGCAAAAAUUUAUAAUUUGAUUAUCAUUUAAGCAUUAAUAAAGUGUAAAUGGUAUUUUAUAUGAUUUUUUUAAAUCUUCCAAGUGCAAUGUGUUUUAAAAAUAAGCUUGCAAAAGACAGCAGAGAAACUUAAUUCUGCAGUUAGUUAACUUUAUAGAAGUUGUGAUUGUUUUGAUGAAUUAAUGCUAUAGAUUUAAUUUAUUUUUAUAUGGAUUUGCAUAAUGUGUGCCUUUUAAAACUAACAAAUACCAGAAAUGUGCCUAUCCAGUUUGUGUUCAUUAAUGUGCCUCACUUUUUUCCUCACAGUCUGGAUCUUCUAUUCAGAAUCAUACUGUGGUCAUGCUCCCCCCUCCCCCCCCAGAUUUGCAACUUUUGUAAAUAUCCUUUGGCUGCAGAGUUAGGAAGGAAAUUCAGAGUAAAAAUAAUUUAUACUUAAAAGUCCUGGCUCACUCCUUUAGCGAUAAUGAUACACUGUAGCCACAAGAAAGAAAAGUACCUAAUGGCAUCUAUUUAAGUGGGCAGGGAAGAUUACCUUCUUGGACCUGAAUCUUAUCAAAAGUAUGUAAUUCUUAAAACAGAUUAAUUUGUGGUUCUGGUGGGACAAGGGGAGGAACUGAUGGACAGGCUAUAAGGAUAAAUUGGUAACUGGCAUCUUAAUAUUUCCCUUCACUCUUAUCAUUGGAAAUCUAUGCGUUUAUAUACUUAAUGUGUUGAGAGCAUGACUUUUACGUUUUAUGAGGAAUGUGUUUUAGGAAAGAGUUGGCAUUAGAGAGAAAAAUAUCACCAUUUGUUUUCAUUUCAACCACUGGAAAAAUGACUAGUUUGUAUGUCUUUAUUCUUUUUGUUGCUACCUGCUAAAAAUAGGGAACGUAUUUUAAGUAUUGGAAGAAGCGUUUCUUAAACUAAUAUUAAGUAGUAAAAAUAAACCUAACUUUAUAGCAAGUCAUGAGUAAUUGAAGGAAUUAAAUGUUUUGGACAGAGUUACAAUUUACAAAUGGUGUUUUAUUUAUAAGGAUUAAUACCAGUGUCCUGCAUUUUCCAUAGUAGAAAUAAUAAAUUUGUCAUAUACAAUAAUUUAUAUAAAACCACUAAUGUUCUGUUAAGCUUUACAGAAAAUAAAACCCAUACUAGACAUUUAUGUAAUGUCUUGCUAUACUAAAAACAGCAGAAAAUCUACUCAUUAGCAAUAUUUAUAACACGGUAUGUGCUUUCUAUAUAUUCAGUGUUAGCCCAAUUCUAAAUUUAGAUUUGACUAAAGGAACACAUAAGAUAAUUUGCAAAAAUACUCAUCUUUACUAAAUAGUGAGUAAGAUUAGAAUUUCUGACUCUUCUGUUGUGCUCUUUUAAAUGCCAAUAACAGUCCUUUACUGGAAUCUUAACUGCAACUGCUUUGCAGUCACACUGCUUUUAUUGGGCAGUUAAUGUUUUAUUAUUGGAAUUCAGACACCAUUAUACUCACCAUGUUUGUUUUUAAUCAAGUAUUACCCAAAAAUGUACACAUUAACGAAAUGGUUAAACUUCUGCACUUUGUUAAUUACCACAGUCUUCAUACCGAGGGGUGAUACAUAAAUUUGCCUUGGGUGUAGGUUACAGUUUUGAAGCCAUGUGAAGCCAUAUAAGUUUAUAUUGAUUUCUUUUCCACUUAAAAGUUCACUAAUGGUGUAAAAAAGAACAGUAGAUUUUCAAUGGAAAUAUAUUUAGCAAGCUGGUUCUUGCUUAUGUAUAGUGACAAAUUUUGUAGCUGCCUCUUUAACCAAGAAUUUGUAAACACAGAACUCUAACAAAUGUGAGUUUUCAAGAAUUGUUAUUUACUACUUUGAGUUGUAAUUAGAAUAAAUCUAUCUUACAAAUUUUGUAAAUAUUUUUGAUUUUUUCACAAAGUGUAAAUUUUACAUAAAAGUUGUGCCCCUUAAUAAACAUGUAAUAUAUAAUUUA